CCUCCUUGUCACGCUAAUACCCAAGCCAAGUCGAUGACCCAAAAAGCUAAUGAAUUUAGAUUUUAGAUUUUUGAUUCUGUCACUUUUUAGUUUUUGUCACAGUUUUUGGUGUGUUACAUGGUGAGAAGUGAAAUAGUUUCAGUAUAAUUUUAUUUUUCUUUUAUUUUUAUCCUUAUGAUGAUUGAAGGAAAGGCAAAUUGUUAUCCUUCUUCAUUGUGAAGAUUUUGAUAUUCGACAGUAUAUUACGUUUAGAGGCUGUAACGAGCAGCGUGUAUUCGGCCGUCGUAGCUGUGGUCGUAUUGCAUGUGUCGCUAGCUCUCUACAUUUAUAGAGCCUACAGCGAAACUGAGAAAGCGCCCGCUAAACCUGUCAAGAAAGAUUAAACUAUUUAUAUACUUAAUUAGCUACUAAGCCAAAAUGGACAAUCUACCCAUGAAAGGCGAACUUCUUCAAAUUUACACCAAGAACUGUGAAGUAAUCGAAGGCAGAUUCCAUAGUAUGACCAGUGAUAAAUCAAAAAUAUCUUUGUAUAAAGUCAAAGACUUGUCUCAAACAGAGCCAAAUGAGAAUAUUUGUCACUACUAUGAACCAGAAAUAAGGAAUAUUGUGAAACUUAAAGAGCCAGGUGAACAAACGUUUUUAAAGAUUUCACAAAAAGAAUAUGAGGAUAUCAUAAAGUUAUCAAAGAAAUAUGUUUACAUCAACCAAGUAGAUCAAGCCUACCAUGAAGCAAUGGAAGAAAUAAAUCAGUACAACUACGUAGCAAUAAGCUCAGAUGGUGCAAACAUGGGGCGUAAAUGUAAGAUGCCUUUCCUUGUUGUGUCUACACCUCAGCAGAUAUACAUUUUUGACAUUCAAGUAAUGCAAUAUCGUGCUUUUGACGCUGGUCUCAAAAAAAUGCUGGAAAGCGAAAGCCCAAAAAAGAUUAUUCAUGAUUGUAGAAAGUUAUCAGACUGCUUGUUUCACAAACAUAACAUUAAGUUGAAUUCUGUAUUUGAUACUCAGGUUGGGGAUAUCAUCAUCACAAAGAACAAGACAGGACGCAUUGCAACUCAUGUAAAAACAUUGGCAGAAUGUCUCAAUACUUAUCUUGGUUUAAAACAUAACACUAUAGAAGAAAAACUGGAUUUAGUGCAAUGCACUGAACGACCACUGUCAACAGGCAUCAAGGAAACUCUUGCGAAGAACAUUUGCUUCUUGCAUCGCCUCUCAGAAAUGAUUAAUGAUGAAAUGAUGCUGCCCUUUUUAAGGGGAGUGGAAUGCUAUGUGGAAUCCCUCAGAUCGGUUGAUGAUUUCAAAGCAUGGGAGCUAUGUGGCAAGCAGUAUCAGAUACCAAAGGAUUUUAAGAGUGCAAUUGAGUAUUAACAUUCCACAAUAAAUUUUAGAAGUAG